CCUCCACAUUGGUUGAUUCACAACUCCACUAGAAGAAAAAACAAAAAACAGCAAGCUAUCACAUGGCUCCAACAAUGGCGGCACCAGAAGAAGAGUUGAGGAAGAGGAACCAGGAGUUAGAGAAGGAAUUGAAGGAGAGUAGGGAAAGAGAGGAGCAGAUGAGAAAGGAAUUACGAAAGAUGUGGGAAAGGCUGAGGGUGGCGGAAGAGGCGGAGGAAAGGCUCUGUUCUCAGCUGGGCGAGCUGGAAGCAGAGUCCGUCAAUCAGGCCCGUGCUUACAACUCCCACAUACUUACCCUCAUGGACCAGCUCUCCAAGGGUAACAACCUUCUCAUCAACAACCACCCAUCCCCUGCACCCAUCUCCAUCCUCUGAUUCUGCUUUUGGCUGAUGUUCUUUUUAUCUAUCUAACCAAAGGCAUGGGGAUUCUAAAUUCGUUAAUUAUGGGUAUGGUAUGGAUCUAUAUAUGUAAUAGUUGUUAACACUUGGUGGUGUUUGUUGAUGUUAAUUGGUAAAGGUAGUGCUGAUAUGUUUCA